AUGGGAGCAGUGACCUGUCGGCAGGGACAACACACCCGGGUGUCUGCUCCUCAGAAGGGUGACGACAUCCAGGGUCACUGGGUCCGAGGCUGGAAGAGCCUCUGGUAUGGUAUGGGGACCAUCAGGUCAGGUCUGGAGGAACUAUGGGGACUACAGAGGCAUCAAUGCCUACAUCAGGAGCUCCUCCAGCCGUCCCCACUGCUACUAGAGAAGCCUCAGUCUGAGUGGCCAGUGCCUCAGUUCAUCAGCCUCUUUCUACCAGAGUUUCCCAUGAGGCCUGUUAGGGAGCAGCAGGAGCUGAAGAUUUUAGGCCUUGUGGCUAAAGGUUCGUUUGGAACUGUCCUGAAAGUGUUAGAUUGUGCCCAGAAAGCUGUGUUUGCAGUGAAGGUGGUGCCCAAAGUAAAAGUUUUACAGCGGGAUACACUGAGGCAGUGCAAAGAAGAGGUUAGCAUCCAGCGACAGAUCAACCAUCCUUUUGUACACAGAUUGGGGGACAGCUGGCAGGGGAAACAACACCUCUUUAUUAUGUGUAGCUACUGCAGCAUGGAUCUCCACUCCCUGUGGUCUACUGUUGGUUGUUUUCCAGAGGAUUCUAUCCGUCUCUUUGCAGCUGAACUGGUCCUUGUACUGUGCUAUCUCCAUGACUUGGGUAUCAUCCACCGUGAUGUAAAGAUGGAGAAUAUCCUGCUGGAUGGACGAGGCCAUCUGAAAGUGACAGACUUUGGUCUGUCUCGCCGCCUAUCCCAGGGAGCACGAGCCUACACUAUCUGCGGCACUCUUCAAUACAUGGCCCCAGAGGUCCUGAGUGGUGGGCCUUACAACCACACUGCUGACUGGUGGUCCCUGGGAGUAUUGCUUUUCUCUCUGGCAACUGGUAAGUUUCCAGUGGCUGCAGAGAGAGAUCACGUGACUAUGUUGGCAAGUGUGGCCCACUGUGAAUCUGAGAUCCCGGCGUCUAUUAAUCAGGAGCUCUCACUCCUGCUCCAUGAGCUCUUAUGCCAGAAUCCUCUGCAUCGUCUACGAUAUCUGCAUCACUUCCAGGUCCACCCUUUCUUUCGGGGUGUAGCCUUUGACCCUGAGCUCCUACAGAAGCAGCCAGUGAACUUUGUCAUGGAGAAACAAGAUACCUGGCCCAGUCCAUUGGAGUCCAUGUUCUUUGAGGACUUUGACUAUGAUCUGGAGUCCUUGGUCCACUCCAUCUCUAUUGAUUCCUAUUGA